CAAUCAGCGCGCUCGACUGUCAGGCUGAGAAGUCUGACACUGAUUGACGAAGUUUUGUUUUUCUUUCUGUUUUACUGAUUUUAUUGUGCUGUCUUUACUUUCUGUAGCUGCUCUGUAAUUCCCCUUAUUCUCCACUUCUUGAAUCUCGCGGUCUUUGCAGUGUCCGCUGCGCAGGUCCUGAGUGACAGCUAGCAGCUAGCGGCUAACAGCUAGCUCCCCUUUAGCUGCUGUCAGUGGAAACAUGAACACGUUGGUGAGCAAACUGGAGCAUAAAUGGAUUAUUUUCACCUUCAGACAACCUUGGAUCCCAACUACGGCAGCCUGCAAGGUGAAUCUGUCCACGCUUCCUCCUGAUCCCGUCAUCCCGUCUAAGAAGCCUUUCAAAGUGGACCUCGUUGGUGGAAAGCGUUACUCGUGGUGCACAUGUGGACACAGCAAGAAGCAGCCUUUCUGCGACGGAGCUCACAAAACCAAAGCCCAGGGCCUGUCCCCGCAUCGCUUCGUCCCCGAGAAGGACGCCACGGUUUGGCUGUGUGGAUGUAAAUACACCAACAACCCUCCGUACUGUGACGGAACCCACAAACAGGACUUCAUCAAAUCUGCUCCGCUGCACGAACCUGGAGACUCCUGAGCCAAGAGGACGGAGGCUGAACCGAGCAUCAACGCACAAAAACAUUGCUGAACGUUACACGUGUUUGAAUCUUGUUUCUUGUCAGUAUUUUCACUUUAAACUUUAACGCUGCUCUUGCAUCAGGGUGAUAAUAUGAUUCACUGUGAGACUGUACAGAUGCUUCCAUGCUGUUUCUGCAGGUCGGUUUCUAAUUAACACACUGGAAAUCCACAGAUUAAGACUUUAAGACAGGAUGUAAUGGUACUUUUAGUGAACAUUUGGAGGUUCUAAUCAGAAUCAAAGUGUCAUUUCCUCCCACAGAGCUUUCCCUCUCCAGGGGAAACCACUCCUCCAUAUAGAAUAUGUCACAUUAGGCUCCUCUCAUUUCUCUAUUUCGAGCUUCUUCGCCUCCUCCGUCCUUCGUCCUCCCGCCUGUGACCCAGAAAUCGAUCUGAACCUGCCAUCUUGAAGGAUUUCUCAAUUCUUAAAAUGUUCCUCCUUCAUUCGCAUCUCGGCUGGGAGGAGAGAAAAGUGGUCAAGAAGCUGAGAAAUGAGAACAGGGCUCGUCUUUUAACUUUUGGGACAUGUUGUGCAUGUGUACAUGCAUUUGUUGAUUUAAACGAAGAAAUAUACACGACAUACACAGAGCUGCCAGUUGGGUUGAUCGACUUUUUCUGUCUCUGCAGCGACUGUCUGAUUUGUCAUCGACACUGAAAAGAUCAAAUGUUUUGUUUAUAUUUAAGACAAAAAUAAAUGUAUUUCUGGGAA